AUGCCAAGCCCAGAGACGUUCCCUCCGCCAGCCGGCGAGUUCUUCAAGCUCUACAUGCAUCCAUCCAAUAGCGACAAAGACAAGAACGCCAUGAUUAACAUGUACCAGCUCUAUGAUUGCUACCACCGGUUAUUGCGCACCGCGUAUUCGGAGGAAUCCAGCGCCUUAUGGCAAGAAGUCUUUGAAAAAAUGAAGAUAUGGGUAACCCAGUAUCUAGUCUAUGUUGACUAUCUGAGGAGUAAUAAGUCCGACGCCUCAGUCACUAAAGAAAUGGCGCGACGUUUCGCCGUGGACGUCGUUGAGGACCAAGGCGGAUAUUCAAAAGCGGUGAGGCACUAUCCCAACCUUACGGGCGCGAGCCAGCAAGACAUCAAGUCGCUCGUCGAGAUUUUCGAGACCUGGCGUGGUAACACUCUCGGCAAUGUCGACAUGGAGACCAACAGCCGUUAUAGCCCCCGGUUCUGCGAUUUUCUGGUCAUCGACGAGGGUUCUCUCCGCUCGCUCGCUGCACUCCCCAAGGAGACGCCACACUUGGAGCCAGCCCGGAAUGUGCUGUAUGAGAAUUCCUACGUCUGGCUCAUAGACUCGCGCGCCGCGAAACGCUUCCGUGGCGUUGAGGACCCGGUCAACUACGAUGGAUGCAUGAAGCUGAGUGUAGGUGAUAUCUAUGAAGCGUGGUUUGAGAGGGUAGUAAGAUUCGAAGAAUUGGACUGGAUUUUUGAGCGCGAAGAGAAGGCUGGAGAAAAGUGGUAUUCUCCGCGAUAA